AUGUAUUCCACAAAAGGACGCCGACUCCGGCAGUUUGCAACAGUGUUGGCUGCCACGCAGGUGCGUCAACUGUUGCCGAGCACUUCAGCUGUCCCAACAUUGGCACAGCGCGUGAACAACGCACGGAAGUUACGUGAAGUUUAUCGACCAGGGUUUGCUUUCCCAGCUUGGAGUGUGGAUGACUUGCAAAGCGGUAAACUCGAAGAACUCGCCCAAACGGUCUCUGUGUAUUACCCCAUGGAUGCAGAUUUGAUGGAAGUGGAGGAACUAGUUAAACAGCGGGAACCUGUGAACAUUGCGAUGAGACGAUUGUAUGAUGAGGGCAGAAUGAAGGAGUAUUUUGGUUACAACAGAGGUGCUUACGAUCGAAGUUCCCCAGAAAGGUUGAUGCCAAAUAUUGCAAUCUACUGCAAGACUCCAAUGCAAUUCGGAAAUCAGCGGGAAGAGGUUCAUGUGGUCAAUGUGAUAGGAUUUGCGUUUGAUUCUCCCCAACAACCAGAUUAUCAACAUUUUCGCCAUAAAGGAGGAAUCCGAGAUCUGAUUCAAAAGAUGAACCAGAUGUGGGAAUAUGUGUUCUUUUGUGCACGAAACAAAGAGUUGGAUCGCGUUUACUUGCCAAACGUUGGUGGUGGUGCGUUCUUUGCGGGUUUGCGGGAGCACUGUAACUAUGAAUGGCUGAAACGUGAGUCUUUGGAGCCGGUCCGGCAAAGAUAUCCGGAUAUUGAGGUUUUUGACUUACCUCACAUCCCUGCUUGGGUCUUUUCUGAUGGACGGUCGUCUCUGAAGUGCAGUUUGCUUGUGAAUGCCUGGGACCCUUGGAGCAUGCUGCAGAUGUUUAGACUUCAAUACGAGAGAAGCACGCCAGCUUUUCCGUUUCGGGUUGCUCUCAUGGGCGUGACGGAUGUCGAAGGAGCCUUGGGUGACUCAAGGGGAACUGAUCAGCUGAAUGACCUCCGGAGACAAAUCAACGAGCUGCGGGAUUUCUUGGAGGUGCACUUGUCUCGUCACACAGAACUUCUGGAGAGUUUGCAAGAACCUCACGGAGGAGAGUCUAUGGGGCAGAUAGAGGCUGAGUUGCCGCCUGAGCCUGAGUUGGCUGAAGGUGAAGGUGAGGUUAAACAGCCUCCCCAAGAACACCAAGAGACAGACAAGAGGACUUCUUUUGCCGAUCGACAGGCAAUGUUGUGGAGUGGCUCUGUCGUUGGAAGAAGUUCGCUGGUUUCAGCAAGUAUUUUCCAUUUUAAAGCCAGGGCACACAUGCAAUCACUCAAACUACGUGCUAGUAAGCGCAAUCCGGCUCAGAGUUCUCAAGAAUUCGGCUGGCAGUCACUUGUCCGAGAUUUGGUGUUCUCCUCGCUCUUUUCAGCCAUCAUCACUGUGCUGAUUCUCGUGAACGUAAUUUUACUUGGUGUAGAGGUUGACCUUUACGCAUCGCUGGAUGUUAACCAGGAGGUACCAAGCUGGUAUGGGACAGCAAAUGCCAUCAUUGUGGGCAUUUUUGUUCUGGAGAUCGGCUUGAAAAUCUUUGCGCUGGGAUGCCGUGAUUUUUGGCGUGGCAGAGAUUCUGCUUGGAAUGUGCUGGAUUUCACGAUCGUUUUUAUUUCAGUCCUUGAUGUGGUGCUGCAGUUGCUGUCUUCCACCUUGGACACCGGGAUCGCCAGCCUGGUGAGGGCCAUCCGGAUCGCCCGCGCAGUUCGGGGCAUCCGACUCAUUCGAAUCUUCCGAUACAUUACAGCUCUCAGAACCCUGGCGCUAUCCAUUAUCAGCACGUUGGGUUCUUUGUUUUGGACAAUGGCUUUGUUCAUGCUCAUGUUUUAUUUCUUUGCCAUUGUCUUAACUCAGCUUGUGGCCGACAACUGUCGAUUCUUGAAAAUGGAUGGAGAUAGCCUGGGCACUGGGCCUCUGUGCCGAGAGAUCUUGCCAAAAUAUUGGGCAUCAGUGCCUGAGAGCAUGCUUACACUGUUCAUGGCCAUUACCAAUGGCGUCAGCUGGGAUGAAACCAUACGACCUCUUCGCGAAGUUUCCAAAGUGGCCAUCAUCUUCGUUGUUGCUUACGUAGCACUUGCUGUGUUCGCGAUUCUUAAUGUUGUCACUGGCGUCUUUUGCAACACUGCGAUUGAAUCUGCUCAUGCAGAUAAAGAGGUGGCCACUAUCAAGCAAGUUAAUUCAAAGGACCAACAGUUGGAUUCCUUGCGUUCUGUCUUCAGAGAGAUUGACAGCCGCUGCACCAACGAAGUGAGUUUCGAGGACGUUGAGGAGGCAAUCUCCAAAGGUGAGCUUGGCAGCUUCAUGGAGGCCAUGGGCGUCUCCACCGAUGAUGUCUGGACGCUUUGCAUGCUCCUGGAUUCCGACAAGAAUGGUAGGAUUGAUCUGGAAGAGUUCGUUUCUGGAUGCAUGCAAUUACACGGUCCAGCAAAGAGCUUGCAGCUGGCCAAGAUGAGUUUUGAGAACAAGUUGACUCGGCGAGCUAUCAAGCAGCUUACGGAGGAGAUGGCGGCGCUGAAGCGUUCUUUAAUGAGAAGCCGCGUAUCAGCUGCGCCUGCACGGGAGGCUUUUUGAUUUGGUCUGAGUUGGAGAUGGGCGUCAAACCAUAGAGUUGAUUUGGGAAUUUGGGAUUCCUCUAAGAGGUUCCCUUCCACGUCAUUUUGCCAACUGCUUGGAGUUGGCGUGUCCUUGUGUUUCAAUAGUGUUUCGUUGUUUGUUGAUUGUUUCAAUGAUCUGGAUCGCAG